ACCAAUCUCCUCCUGUCACUCUGUGUUCGUGAGCUCUUUGACUUGCCCUCUCGGAAGCUCUGCUAGAGGAUUGAAGAUAGAGCCUAUCACACUGUCUGGAAAGGGACACUGAUUAGAGUGUCCCACACCAUUGGAAGACUUAAAAAGAACAGAGGCGUGUUUGCCAACCUUAGCAAACAGAUGAAACCUUUGCUCACCAGCCCCGGAGGCGGUGCACUGUAGCGGGGAGCUGGCUCCUUUAGUGGCCGAGUUUUCCGAGUGACCUUCCUGAUGCUGGCUGUUUCCCUCACCGUCCCGCUGCUCGGAGCCGUGAUGCUGCUGGAUUCGCCCAUCGACCCACAGCCCCUCAGCUUCAAGGAACCUCCUCUCUUGCUUGGUGUUCUGCAGCCGAAUACGAAGUUGCGACAGGCAGAAAGGCUAUUUGACAACCAGCUCAUUGGGCCUGAGUCCAUAGCAAAUAUCGGGGACGUGAUGUUCACUGGCACGGCAGAUGGCCGGAUCGUGAAACUUGAAAAUGGUGCAGUAGAGACCAUCGCCCGGUUUGGUUCAGGCCCAUGCAAGACUCCGGAGGAUGAGCCUGCGUGUGGGAGGCCCCUGGGCAUCCGGGCAGGGCCCAACGGGACCCUCUUUGUGGCUGAUGCGUACAAGGGGCUGUUUGAAGUGGAUCCCUGGAAACGUGAGGUGAAGUCCCUGCUGUCCUCUGACACGCCCGUGGAGGGGAGGAAACUGUCCUUUGUGAAUGACCUGACGGUGACUCGGGACGGGAGGAAGAUCUACUUCACGGAUUCUAGCAGCAGAUGGCAGAGACGAGAUUACCUGCUGCUGUUCAUGGAGGGCACGGCUGAUGGGCGCCUGCUGGAGUACGACACGGAGACUGGGGAGGUCAAGGUGCUGCUGGACCAGUUGCGCUUCCCCAACGGCGUGCAGCUCUCCCCUGCCGAGGACUUUGUCUUGGUGGCCGAGACGACCAUGGCCAGGAUAAGGAGAUUCUAUGUGUCUGGCCUGAUGAAGGGCGGGGCUGACCUGUUCGUGGAGAACCUGCCGGGCUUUCCAGACAACAUCCGGCCCAGCGGCUCCGGGGGCUACUGGGUCGGCAUGGCGAUCAUUCGCCCCAACCCUGGGUUUUCCGUGUUGGAUUUCUUAUCCGAGAGACCGUAUAUUAAGAGAAUGAUUUUUAAGCUGUUCAGUCAGGAGACGAUAAUGAAGCUUGUGCCCCGGUACAGCCUCGCCCUGGAACUCAGCGACAGCGGGGCCUUCCUGAGAAGCCUGCACGACCCCAAUGGGCAGGUGGCUGCCUACGUCAGCGAAGUGCACGAGCUGGACGGGCACCUGUACCUGGGCUCCUUCAGGUCCCCCUUCCUCUGCAAACUCAGCCUGCGGUCUGUUUAGCGGUCCCCAUGGCCCCUAGAGCACCGGGCCCUGCGCCUGGUCCUUCCCACUUGGCCUGCCGGCCCGUGGAAGUAUGGGGCCACCCUGCACGUGUGUGGGCCCCUGCAGGACUCGUUCACCUGUGUUUAACUUGGAGUUUAGAGGGAAGCAUUACAUCUGCUAUAGGGAAGUUAGUCUACAUAAAGCCAUUUUCUCUUAAAAGAUCCUUUCUGUGUGCUGGAAUUCUCUAGGACUUAGGAGACUCAUGCACUUUUAACAGGCCUCAGGGUUUGGUGGGUCGGGCAGCAGGAGCGCUGUCUAGGGAUCUUGUUUUUGCUCCUGGCUCUGUCGUGCACCUCAGUGUCUUUACUGUAAAACAGGAUGGGAGGGGCCAGGAGAACCCAGGGCAAAAGCGUGUGAGGUGGAGCUGUGCAGGCAAACGUGUCAGAACAUGUUCUCAAGUUUUGUGGACCAGCCCUGGUCCCUGGUUGUUCCUUAGCUCCCACCUACCAGCCUCCUCGGCUCUCCCUCUGCCAGAGGCCUUUUAAGACCCCCGAGUGCCCACCAACUUUGAAAGUGAGGCCUGAGUACACGCGUAGGAAAAGCGUGCUGGUUCCAGCAGCUCAGGGACCACACUGGGUUCCUCCACUGUGCGCUGAGUGGCCCUGCAGCUGUCUGUGGUGUCUCCGCAGGGAAGUCCUGUUCACGCCUGUGCUCCUCACCUCUCGGCCCACAGAUGUGAACAGGGCACAUUAAAUGUCCUGUUUGCUUGAGCAUCGUAGCCGGAAACUGCCAUGUAUCCUGGCAAGUACGCCGUGAAUUCUGUCAGGAAGACCAUGUGUUAAUGAUGAUUAAAUAGGCUUUUUUCCUGCUGAUUAACCUACUCUGAAGAUGUUGCCUGGGAGUUUCUUCUCUGAUACAGCUGUUUGAAUGGUGACAGAGAUUCCCCUCCACCGCGUGGUGACAGGAGGCUCUCUGUGGCUGGGGUCUCGUUACGGGACAAGCAGUCCGCCCCGUCUGCUCGGGCUGCCACCUCCUGGUGCGGUUCUAUCCUGGGCAAGUCGAUACUACCCUGUUUUCCUGUUUGCCUGCAAAAUGGGGCUCAUGGCUGUUCCUUUCUUUCCUGGGUAUUUAUUAAAACGAGAUUGUGUCUCUGAAAUUGUUUUUAGUAACUUGACAAAGACAGUGUUUUAAAUAGGUAAUGGCAUUAAAAUUAAAGAGGACUGAAGCUAUGGUGAGGUGGGAACCGGCGGUGGCGCCCUUUGCCCCUGGCACAGGCCCCACCCCAAAUGCCACCGCCCCUGCACGGUGUCCGCCGGGGGAAGGCUCAGGAAGGGUGGCUAGCUCGUCCUGUGUCGCCCCACCCAGGCUGGGUCUGUGCGGCUGCAGCAGAGACUGCAGCCCCGCCGCCGAGACCCACGUGCAGGCGAAUGACUUCCUAGGAAAGGAGACUGAGGGGUGGCCACUGACCUCCUCAGUGGGUGACGGUGCGUCUCACGUGCUGAGUGUGUGGCUGAGCCUGUGUGAGCUGACUUCUGAUCAAGAACAGAGGCCUGCCUUCGAGUGCCUCACUGUUACUGAUGCAGAGAAACUGGUAAAUUGCUUUUCACAGUUUGCAGGAAACAAGUCUUGAUUUUGACUUGUGUUCAUUUUCUGUCUCAAAGUGUCACUUCCUGUGUUUUAUCUGGUAAUUGCUACAGUGAGGUGCAAAAUACAGCCUUAUUAGGUUUCAAUAUGUGAUAUGCUUUUGUUUUAAACAAAAAACAUUUGCUCUAAUGUGAAUUACCUACAUGCUUUUAAAAUUAAAUCCAGUGAUCCAUU